CAUGUGGAGUACGUAGUCCGACUUCUGUGUGCAUUUAAUUAGUCUAUCUGGUAUAUAUAUGUAUAUAUAUAAAGACCCAUAAAAUCUGUUUGUACUCUAAUCGGCAAUUAAGCCAGUAAUCGGAUACGUUUCUGAACCCGUAUUAAUUAAGACUGUUGCGUCACGGAUUAUCAUUGUUUAGAUACGCCUAGAUACACAAUAAUACAUUCACCAGUGAUAGUAUUUUUUGCCUGUGUUUGUCGUGAAGGUAAAAUAGACCGCUUGUUUUCAGCAAUUGACAUCUUGUGUCACGCGACAAAUGUAAUCUCGUCAAUUCGAUGCACAAUUCACGUGGACGCAUAACAGUGUUUUUUGUUUCAAGAUGUCGACUUGUCAACAAAACGACCAUGGAGAAAAUUUGGAAGUUACUCUUUCUUUACCAGAUGGUCGCGGUGAUGUCCAUCUUGUUUAUUUUCAUCCACGUUAUGAACGAGCGGCUGAUGCCGAUGCCGGUGAUCCGCGUGAACGCCAGCCAGGACUUCCGGUACAUGAUCUACGAGUGCACGGGCGACUCGUACUGCGGCGGGUGGGCCGACCGCCUCAAGGGGAUCGCCAUGGCCUACCUCAUAUCGGUGAUGACGAAGCGCCGCUUCGGGAUCCACAUCACGUCUCCUCGCUGUAACAUCACCGACUUCCUCGAGCCCAACCACGUCGACUGGGUGGUGGACGUCGACAUGAUCAACGACCUCCCGAGCGACAGGUUCAAUCACGUGGACAGGUCGACGUUCCUGGAUCACGCCAGCACCGCCAACUUCUCCUCCAUUCUCAAGGAGGACGUCAUCUUCUACAAGGGAAACUACGAGUUCAUUACCGCUCUGCAGCGGAACCCGAACCACCGUUCGGAACUGCUGUGGACCAAAGGGCGGACGGUGGACGAGGUGUUUUCGGCCAUUUUAAAAGUCCUGUUUAAACUGAACAAAAAAUUGGACACCUUGAUAAGAGAGUUCUUGCAACGGGUGCGUCCGGACAAGAGGAAAUCAAAGUUAGUCUGCGCCCAGAUUCGGAUGGGCCGAAACCCGACGAUUCCCCGGGAUACCGAAGUGAGGAACACGCCCGAGGGGGUGGAGGCGGUGUGGAAAUUCGUAAGGAACAACCUGAUUUGUGAACACUGCAAGUUCUUCCUCUCCACCGACUCGGAGCACAUACACCUGAAGGCAAAGAGUGAAUUUCCUGACCAGAUUGUCGACAUCCCAGGGGAGAUCAAUCACAUCGAGAGGGGGAGUAAACACGGGAACUCGUGCGAGGCCAUGGCCAAGGUUGUGAUAGAUCAACAUGUUUUAGCACACUGUGAUUCCCUCAUAAUCAGCCAGAGCGGGUUUGGUAUCAUUGCAGCUUACUUACGAGGGGAGAAAGAGAACCUGUAUUGUUUUAUUCACGGAAAGGUCGUUCCUUGUCUUCCCAGCAACAUCCAUAAUGUGUUCAGGAAACCCGAUUAAAGUGAACGAUAUGCUUGUAUUUAUAUCAUGAUCAUAUUAGUGCUUUAUUCAUGAACAGUUCACACUCAGUAUUUAUCAUGAGGACACGAAUCGCUCGGGGCAGGUGGGGGUGGUUGCAAGAGUGCGCAACUCUGCUACUUUGUCAAGCUAAUGUCAGGUCGUGUCCAGACGUUUUCUGGAUCGUUUCAUAUCAACUUAUAUAUUGUCCGUCGCAUCCUGCUGCAAAAACGUUGUUGUUUUUGUUGUUGUUGUUUUUUCGUAUUUUGUUUUUCGUUUUUGUAAAUAAUUUCAAUGGUUUGACGUAAAAAGAUAAGUAGAAGUGUUUUGGAAAUAACAAAAUAUUAAUAUACUAUUUUGUGUGCAAAUUAGAAAACAUUCGGCUUAGAAAUAAAUAACUUGUAGUUAAUUCCAUGGUAUAAAAAGGCGUUCCCCGUGUGAGGUACUAUAGCAUUUCAUCAGGUUUACGUUGAACAGCUAUUAGCAGUUCGGAGACUUGUUUCUAUGUGUGUAGCCAACCUCAAUUUCUCUUAGUUUGAGAAAAGGUGACAACAUAAAAGACUAGUUAAAUAAGAGUUAUAUAUUUAUUAAAUUCUGUUUUAAGGUGCUUUGUCAUAGCUGCAUAAUGGUGGAUGCCUUUAAAAGUAUAUAUUAAGUUUUACUUUAAAAUGUAAACAUUAUAAUUUAAACGUAAUAUCCAUACAAAAUGACAAGAAAAUAAAGUAACUUACUUAUAGAAUUUGUUUUUAAUGGACAUUCUAAUACGAAUGGUAUAUGACUCUUUUUUUCCAUUGGUUGGUUUUCAUGAUAAAUUGGACAAUAUAUGUACGCUGUCAUGGGCAACCACGAUUUACCACGAUGACAAAAUUCCAAAAACGCGUCAGAUAUGCUGUCACUUAGCCUCAUGUGUGGUGUUUUCCUUUGUAUAUUAAUUCCGCGUCUUCCAUUAUAUUUAAACGUCGAUAUAAAUAAUUUUCAAAUGUUUCACAAACUUCGGUGGAAAAUGAUGUUAUUGUUAUUAUUCAAUUAUUAUUUCGUGCCAUUGUAAUUUUUAACACUUCGUUAGCAGCAAUGAACACCCACCUACCCCAAGUAAGUCUGGUCAUUGAUCGAUCGCAGCAGUCAAUUCGAUCAUAUGUCUUGUCGCCUGCUCUUCUUGUCUGUGUUCCCAAACUGGCACAGGCAGGUUCAUCAGAAAUAAUUGUAUCACAAUCUGAAGUACACCAUUGUUUUUUAGAACAUACUUUUUGGGGAUAAUAAAAUUAAUAAAGAAGACAAGAUGGAAAUGACUAUCAAUUUUUAACUGCUUUAAAAUAUCUCACAUUUUGUUUAGUAUAUCCUGUAUAAAUCAUGUUCAAAAUACAGACUACACUACUGAUAAAUUUUCCCUUUGUUUCGCUCCCAGGUUAGUGAUGAUAUGUUAAGAGAAAGAAAAAAGUAUUUCGUCAUACUUAUUAUAUUAGCGUGUUCAUUGAAUAUCAUAAGUUAGGAUAAUAGAUAAUUAGAUUUUUAAGAUUUGUGGGACUUUUUAAAAUAAAAAACCGCAAUAUAAUUUCUUACAGAUACUCCUAAUGGGUGUAGUAUUAGAAUAGGGAUAAUAUCACCGUUUCGUUGUUAACUAAAGGUUUUAUUCACAACAAAACACAGUGAUAUUAUCCACCUAACUGUUUAUGGGGAUUGGGCGCGUUCAGUUGAGGCGAACAUUUCAUAACGUUAUGUCAAGCGCAUGUUUGACGACAAGUAUGCUGUCUUUGUUAAACUCAUCUGUCUCUAGGUAGCUAAAGAAAGUAUGCAUGGUUUUGGUUUGUUGAAUUUUACUGUCGUAAUCCGAAAUAUCGGUUUAGGAAAAUAGUGCUUAUUUUAUAUUUGAAGUUCUAAAUGAUGUUUUCCAGGGAAUCUGAUGGUGCCAACCGAAUUUUAAUAAAAUGUGCGCAACUUGACCUAAGGACACUCAUGCUUUUUGCUGGGGGUUCAGUAUGAAAACCUACUUAUCCAUUUUUGUACAUGUAUUUGUAAAUGCUGGUCGGCUUUUGAAAUGUAUGUGUUUUAUUUAUAUCAAUUCAAGGCUGGACAAUCAAACUGACGACAGUGGUUCAAAUCCCGUCAAAGCUGGCUCACACAUUCAUUCAUCUUUCUCAUCUAUCACCAUCUGCCUAUCAUUCUCAUUAUCUUAAAUUAAAAAACUUUCCAAUUUCUCC